UUUUUAUAUAUAUAUAUAUCCAGGGCCCUGAAUCGGUAAUCUGCAAAAUUGCGGCCAUAAUGUGAGAUCAUCUGCCGCUGUCGUCCGACCCGUCGCUGCCGUUCGUCCUGUCAGGAGCAGCCGCUCGCUGUUUGAGGAUUACUAGUGAUAAUACGCAGUAGACUUCGCCAGUGUGUCUAGCUGUCAAACUGAAAACUAUGUAUUGGGAAGAGUAGACAGAACACAUUUGUUGAUAUUUAUUGACUUUUGCUUCGCGUGUCUUUUUUUGUCUUCUGGAUUAUCGCUGCCCAGCAACACGGCCACCUGACAACUCUGAAUGUCGUAAUUAAGGUGAAUCAAUGAGCCAGCAAUGGAGACCAAAAGAUACCAAAGUUUCUUUGAUGGAAGUGAUACAGAGAACAGAUGGUCGCAGGUCCCCAGCACCAUGGAGCACUGCUGCAGUACAGAGGAUUCAAGUCUGACCAACAGUGAUAUCCUGAUGGACAUAGUCAAUGUUAGCUGCCCUGCUGGAAGCCCGGCCACUGACUGCAAAGACAACAAUACAAAGAAGCAGGAGCAGCCAAUGCUCCGGCUCAGCCAGAACCAGCCAUUUGUUCUCCCACACUUCAACAACUCUCUUCAUAGUCAUAAGCAGGAAAUGGACUCCAAGGAGCUUUCCAAGACUGUGGCCGAGUCUAUGGGCCUGUAUAUGAAUGCUGCCAGGGAGGCAGACUUUGCCUUUAGCCAGCAUGGGGGCAAUACCAGCCCUGGGAAGAUGUAUCCAGUGUGUGGGCGGUCUCUAGAAGAGACCCAAUGUGGUUCCACAAAGAGCCCCAAGUUAAAGCCAUUUGGUUUCCAGCAGCCCAGCACUACUCCCAGAGAUUGCACCGCUGGGACUCCAGUUAGCUCAGCUUCAAUGCUGGUUUCAUCUCUGUCCUGUAGCCCCCAGACCUCCAGCUCAAUCUCUAGCCCCGGGGGCAGCAACAAUAUGGUGUCAUCAACCACCAGUCCUCCUACGUGCUUUGGACCAGUGUGCUCGUCCGUCAGUAGUCCUGUCAGCCAGACGUCUUGCGCUGCAACUUUGGCCAACAUCAAGCGCAGGAAUUCAGCCACAUGUAGCCCUGUAGAGUCCAGCACAGUGGGCUCACCACCUCUCACCAGCCCACUCAAUGUCAUGAGGUCCCCCAUGUCCAGCCCCCAAAGUAUGAGUAGUGUGAGAUCGCCUCCGUCCUGCAGCACUACCUGUAACAUUAGGUCAUCUGUCUCGAGCCCCACAGGUGGCAGCUGCACCAGCACUGCCAACAACUGCAGCACAGCAAGGCCCUCCAUCUCCAGUCCAGCCACAGGAGGCACCAUGGUGGUCAGCAGCCCACAGAACCCCUCCUCAGGUGGGUUUCCUGUGUCCAGUCCUGCCGGCGGACUGGGUUUGGUGCAGAACGACACCAACAGCCCAGAAGCAGCGGGUCUGACCAGAGACACGGACUUCAAGAGCUUUGAAUUCCCUAAAGUAGAGAUGGUAGAUGGGGAGGUGUUCAAUGUCGGCUUAGAUCAGAUGGGCAUGGUUAAGUACAUUAAGAAUGAGCCUGGAACUGACUUCAGGAGCAUGUGUUUAGGCAGCGCCAAAUGUAAUGUGAGUAGCACACCUUUUAUCACACAGAUUAAGAGCGAGCCAAACAAAAAUGAGGGAUGUAUGAGCCAACAGCCCUAUGGUGAACAAUCACCAUCACUUGGUCCCUUUUCUGCAUCCGAAACCACCUAUUUGUCACUGAGGAAUAACAUUGACGAGUACAGUCUUUCUGGUAUCUUAGGACCCCCUGUCUCCUCUAUGAAUGGGAACUAUGAGCCCGAUGUGUUCUCCAACAAUGUCCUGUCCAAAGGGGUUAAGCAGGAGUCCAAUGAUGGCAGCUAUUACCAAGAGAAUAACAGCAUGCCCACAUCGGCCAUUGUUGGAGUUAAUUCCGGUGGACAUUCAUUCCAUUACCAGAUUGGAGCGCAAGGAACAAUGUCUUUCACGCGGCAUGAUGUGAGGGACCAGUCCAACCCUUUGUUGAAUCUAAUUUCACCCGUAACGGCGUUAAUGGAGUCAUGGAAAUCUCGGCCAGGCAUGUCACAGGGGUCACUGUCAGCCAGAGGUGAGGGAUACCCGGGUCAGAACUGCAUCACGGACAGCUCACCACUGAGACAACCGUCCUCCACAGCCAAAGUGUGCCUGGUUUGCGGAGAUGAAGCAUCGGGAUGCCACUACGGUGUCGUGACGUGUGGAAGCUGCAAAGUCUUCUUCAAAAGAGCAGUGGAAGGUCAGCACAACUACCUGUGUGCCGGAAGAAAUGACUGUAUCAUUGACAAGAUCCGAAGGAAAAACUGUCCGGCGUGCCGCGUACGGAAGUGUCUCCAGGCUGGGAUGAACCUAGGAGCACGAAAGUCCAAGAAGUUAAAGCUGAAGGGAGUCAGCGAGGACCUACAGGGCUCUAAGGACGGCCAAACUGCCACAGGUGGCGUUGGAGGCGGUUACCUGUCCUCAGAGAAGGAGCUCAACGCCAGCGCUGCCAAUGCCCUGGUGCCCCAUGGGCCUGGGGUGGUCACACCUUUUCUGCCGCCCUCCAUCUGCAGUGUUUUGGAGCUGAUUGAGCCUGAAGACGUGUACUCCGGCUAUGACAACACGCAGCCUGACACCACUGAUCACCUGCUGUCCAGUCUCAACCGCCUGGCCGGAAAGCAGAUGGUACGCAUGGUGAAGUGGGCCAAAGUACUUCCAGGUUUCCGGGGCCUGCCCAUCGAGGACCAAAUCACCCUGAUUCAGUAUUCGUGGAUGUGUCUGUCCUCCUUUUGCCUCAGCUGGCGCUCCUACAAACACACCAAUGCACAGAUGCUGUACUUUGCCCCUGACCUCAUCUUUAACGAGGACCGCAUGCAGCAGUCAGCCAUGUACGACCUGUGCCUGGGCAUGAGGCAGGUGAGCCAGGAGUUCCUACGACUGCAGCUCACCUACGACGAGUUCCUCUCCAUGAAGGUCCUACUGCUUCUCAGCACAGUUCCCAAAGAGGGUCUGAAGAACCAGGCAGCAUUCGAGGAGAUGAGGGUUAAUUACAUUAAGGAGCUCCGGCGUUCAGUGGGGAAAGCAACCAACAACUCUGGCCAAACCUGGCAGCGCUUCUUCCAGCUCACCAAGCUACUGGAUGCCAUGCAUGAUCUGGUGGGGAACCUGUUGGACUUCUGCUUCUACACCUUUCGUGAGUCCCAGGCCCUGAAGGUGGAGUUCCCCGAAAUGUUGGUGGAGAUCAUCAGUGACCAGAUACCAAAGGUGGAGUCAGGCCUCACUCACACAAUCUACUUCCACAAGAAGUGACUCACUUAACAGUUGGGACAGAAGCAGCAUUAAGAACUGGAAGAGAGGAGAAAGAAGUUCAAGAACAGAAGAGUAAAUGUGCGAGGAAGGCCUGAUACAGUUUGGCCUGCACCCUGUCGCCCAGUAUGCCAGCGUCCUCCUCUUGGAUGGGAAACUUAAGUGGCGUGAUGACAGAGGUAAAAAGGGUAGAAUGAUUUGACCCUGCAGUCACCAGAAGCGGGUCAGAGCUGUGAAUAGUUCGUCGAGCCGAGCACGACACGCCGAGAAGGACUUGACAAAUGUGACAAAGCAUCCCGAAGUUUCCCGCCCCCUCCCCCCCCUGCCCCAAAGACGAUAACAGUAUUUUCUAUGGAGAUAAAGCCAUACAUUUCUUAGGAUGCGCUAGAUACAUUCACUGCACACACACACACACACACAUACACGUAGAGGAAAAUUGAUACACAUGCUGUCCACAUGCCUUCACAUAAAUGCACAGAUGCACUCCACAUGCACUAAAAUCAGAUAACAAAUCUAGAGGAAAAAAAAAAAAAGGUUUUGCAAAUAUUAACUGUGGCUUAUGCAGUCUUUCAAAAUAAUAGCACUACGAAAAAAAGAAAAGAAUAUGCCAAUAUUUAGAUUUUGCUUUGCAGUGUAGCGACAUACUGCAAGACUACAGGGCAAAGGACAUUAAGAGGAGGCACAGAAAUUCUAGACUGUAAUGCGAAAGGUCUAUUUGAAUAUAUUCCAAGGGCUAUACAAGCAUCAUCAUAAGCUGGAUAAUUACAUUAAAUCUAACAAGUCCAAGUUCGAAUCUCAAUCGGUGUCAUAACAGCCAUCAUUAACAUUCACAUACUGAGUUUUUUAAUUAAAAUAUGUAGUAAAACAAUCAAAACUAAUAUGCAAAAGUCCAAAGCUAAAGCCGUUUUGAAAUAAAAAUGUCUCUCUUGUGUAAAGAAAGCUUGCACGUGAAGCUCCCAUGUCAUACAGUCACUAUUUUAGGCAUUUGUGGUGUAGAAUUAAGACAAUAUUGAUGAGCGAUUUUACCUUUGUGCAGAAGUGGUCAGGAGUGCUGCAGGAUGGAAAACAUGCAUUUACGGAAACAAUUUCAGUAGAGUCCGCUGGUAAUGGAUUUGACUGAGGUGCAUCCAUAGUAAUUGUGUUUUGUGUUAUCUCCAGAGCAGCUGUCCAAAUGUCUGUUUUUACUCACAAUGAAGCAAAACCAGCCCUUUGUGAACCAACACUUAUCUACUCUUCCCAGAAAUAAUAAAAACCAUUUUAUAAAAGUGUGUUGCAAAGGUUUAGUUUUUGACAAGCCAGUCAUUUUACAUUAAGGUGCUUCAUUUCUACAAAGCCAGGCAAGACAUAACAUGUACAGUAACUCGUAGGCAGUCCAUAUACAAUACACUAUAUGGACACAGCAUAAACACACAUACUCUGUAAAGUUGAUAUAAUCCAAAAUGGAGCAUUACUCUGCAGUGCUUACAGCAAACGGCUAAUGUAUCAAAAACCAGGCAAAUGUGUACAGAUAUUAACAACUUCUUAAACACAUUCUAUUCAGCUGUUGUACAGAUGUUUUGAGGUACAUGUUGAUGAAUGCUUGAUAAAGAACUGUUGGUAUGAUCACCUUUCCUAAUUUAGUUUAUUUCAUUUCUCUUAUAUUUGGGCCAAGUACUACUAUUUUAGGUAUGGCAGGCCCAGUCAUCUGGACCAUUAACUUGUCUCACACCCCACUGGUUUCUGGGUGGUUGUGGAACACUACUAUGAUGCUACUGAAAAGCGAUAGAGCCGCUGGGGAAGAAAAACAGUGGGGGCGUGUGAUUAUUAUUAUUUUUUUUGUGCCCUGUGAGUGUGUAUUUACAUGUAUGAAUGGAGCGAGUGUGGCUUAAGUUUGUGUGUGCGUGUGUUUGUGUUUUUUUUCAUUUUUUUUCUGGCAAGCAUGUGCAUAGUUGAUAUGGUCUUUCAGUGUGGGUAUUAUGCAUUUAUGUUAUAGGAUUAGCCGUAUCCUAUUUCCACAUUUAGAUUUGCACAGAGGAGAUACAAUGUGAAAUGAGGCAUUAGUGCAGCUAGCAGGAGUUGUCUGUUUUGAUAAGCAACUGUGAUGAUGCAGGAAAAAAAAAAAGACUUUCUGCAUGGUCACCCAGCCUAAAGUUAGACAACAUGACAUCACGGGCACAGCAGGAGUGGUGGUGUGCUACAUUAUGAGGUCUCUUCUGUGGUGGUAAUCGUGUAAAAAAAUUGGUGUACAAAGAAAUGGAGGUGGCAUGAUCGCAACUGUUAUUAGGGACUGUAUGAAUAUUAUUUAAGGGGUUCAGAAAAAGGGGGUUAAGUAUUUUAAAUGUUUGCUAAAAGGGAGUCUGAAUUUGUUGGGAGACCAUUAGAGGGUGUUUUUGUUCAUCCUGGAAUGAAAAUAUUGUGCCGUUCAAAUCUAUCAGCACUAACAGACAUGGUGCUUGGGACCCUCCGUCCACUCAUUCAGUGGCUUUUAUAGACCUAAACAUUUAGCAGCGCUUUAUUCAAAAAGAGUCGGGCUGCAUUUUCAAUAUUUUGGGGAAAAGAAAAUAUGAAUAAUGCUGUGUAGGAUAUUGCACUUUUAUAUAUAUAUAUAUAUAAAAAAAAGAAAUAAAUUUGGUACCCCUCCCCUGCCCACUAAUUUUCAUACAGUCCCUUGUCAGAAAGGCCUCAUUUUACAAUCCGUCUUUCUUGCGCAUUAUUGUGUUCAAGUUGUGAAGGACCCUUAAGCUAAUCUCUCACUGUUUCUUUAUUUUGCCCCUUUUUUUGUCCUUUUUAAGGAAUAAAAAAAACUGUCUAAAGGUUCAUAGGAUGAAUGGGAAAGUAUUUUUGAGAGAAUUAUAUUUUGCUGGAAAACAAUAUUUAAGUACUUUGUCUAAAAAUGAUAUCCUUUUUGUAAAAUGAAAUGUUAAUGCAUGCUUUUUGAUGAGAUGUUUACAUUGUAUUUAAAAAAGGGAAACUUGUGCCUUUUUAUCUCACCUGAUUUACAAUUUUACAGUAUAUAUUGUAAAUAAUACAGCAAGUCCUUAUGUUGAGUAUAGUAUAAAACAUUUCUACUUUAACCAUCUUGUUGAAAUAUUGGAAAAAUGUGUGUUUCCCACUCGCCAUGUUCUGUGUGUUGGAUCACAGAGAAGAAUUUACAGUAAAGGUUGGCGCCAGAAAGGGCCAAAUAGAGAAAUGAAUGUAUCAUACAUUGUGAGAGACUUAUGGAACUUACUACCUGAAUGUUAGAGAGAGUACAUUUAUUAUCUUCUUAUUAAGUAAAGUUAUUUGAUUUUGCAUCUUUGCAUCUUUUUUUUUUACUUUUUUCUUUUUUUUUCUUUUUUUUACUUUUUGCAUCAUUGUUCAAGUGGCUCAAACAAAAAAAUAAUAAUAAUCGAAAAGUAUUUCUUAUUUUGUAACAAGAUGUAUCAAGUGAUGGAUCCUUGAGUUGUUGCUGUUGAAAUGAUUUCCUAACCCAUGGCGGUAUUGUUGAUGAGCACCACAAUAAAAUCAAGAAAUCACAAACUAUUGAAACUGGGAUACGUGAAAGAAAGUUCUUGACUUUCAAAUCGAAACUUUGUGCACACACAACAUUAAAUGAAAUGAUGGACGUAGAGACUGAAGUUUGGCCAAAUUUGACCAGUUAUUAACUGGACUUAUUGCACUAACUGACAAAGUUUUAAUCAUAAAAGAAACAAAUCUAUCCCUAGGAAUAAUCUACACAGUCGAUUCCUGAUAAUGACUGCAAUGUUAUCGAUGAUGCUAUCAAGCCCCUGUACCCAAGACCCUCCUGCACUCCAGAAAUAUCGGCUUUGACUGUUGGCUUUAUUGGAUUUAACUUAUAAAUUAUUAUUGUUUUUUUAUUUUUUUAAGGAAUUUUUCUUUACAUUUUGGGAAAUACACUUCUUCACUUUCUUGUCUCGUGUACGUACGUACGGUAAAAAAACAAAGCUGCAGCCAGGAGGCUGUUAGCUUAGCUUGGCAUAAAGACUGAAAGCAGCAAGCAGUCUUGUUUGUUUUAUCCGUGUGAAAACUUAAGAAAAAAAAACUUACUUCUGUUUUUGUACACAUUAAACAAGAUGAAACAUUUUAAUAAAAGAGUUGCUGCUAAGUGGAUUUCGUUAUCUUUGCACAGAGCGCAAGAUAUCUGUUCCCCCUUUAUGCUAAGCUAAGCGACCCGGCUGUAGCUUCGUAAUCCCUUAUCUAACUCUCGUCAAGAAAACGUUUCCCAAAAAGGUCUAAACUAUUCCUUUUAACGGAACAAAAUAAAGUAUUUAUUGGUCAUCAAUCACCACUUACUGCAAAUGAGGACGAAAAAAAAACCUUCACUCUUCUGGAGGGAGAAACGUUAAAAGCUGUCACCUUCUAAACGAACUCCUUUUAGGCAUGAAUGACUCAGAAUGUGUUGAACUGCUGUUUCACAGUACACUAUUGCGUCACUGUAUGUGGAGUCACGUCGUUGCCAUUUUCUGUUCACAGUGAUGAAUCGGGUGUAGAGAGACUAAGCCAUAUCUCCACAGCCAUGGCAGUGCAUUUCUUAUUAAUAUAUAAAUAUAUACAAAUGUUUUUUUUUUUUUUUUUCCAAUUCCAAAAAUGACUUUUUACUCAAGAUGCUUUGUACAAUAUUUCUCAGCAAACAUACAGUAGACACCCUACAACAUAAAACAAUAAAACAUCUUUGAAACCAGUUACUACUGUAUAUCUUGAUGCAGAUAUUGCCAUACUUGUGUUUGCAAACUAUUGCAAGAUUCUAAUAAAACUGUUAAACUGAUAAUCCGAUGUGACUUAUCUGUUUGUGUAUGGAUGUAUGGAUGUACGGUCUGUACGUGAGUGUGAUUAAAAUUAUACCAUGAGACAGAAGCUAGGAAACGUGCCCUAAAAAAAAAAAAAAAAAAAAAA